AUGGAAACUGAUCAAAAGCUACGUUUUGAAUAUUAUGCUACUUCAUGUCCCAACGUCGAGUUUGUUGUGAGAGAAGAAGUUACAAAGGCAAUCGAGAACGACCCAGGAAUUGCUGCUGGACUUCUAAGAAUGCAUUUUCAUGACUGUUUUGUGAGGGGUUGUGAUGGCUCGAUCUUAAUAAACUCAACGAAAAACAACAAAGCCGAGAAGGACUCCCCUGCAAAUAAUCCGAGCCUCAGAGGGUUUUAUGUGAUAGACACGAUAAAAAGUAGGCUCAAAAAGAACGGGUGCAAAGGCAUAGUCUCGUGCGCUGAUAUAAUCGCUUUUGCAGCUAGGGACAGUGUUGAGCUGACUGGCGGACCUCCCUAUCAAGUGUUCGCCGGGAGGAGAGACGGCAAAGUCUCAAACGCUACAGAAACACUGCUUCACUUGCCACCUCCUACAGCUAACUUCACUCAACUCGUUAAACUCUUCAAAAGCAAGAAUUUAACGCUGAAACAAAUGGUCGCGCUUUCAGCCGCGCACACGCUCGGGCGGGCCCACUGCACAUCUAUCCUCAACAGGCUGUACAACUUCAGUGCAGCCGUGAAACAAGACCCAUCUCUGGAUCGAACAUAUGCAAACUACCUCAAAAAAAAGUGUCCACCAAAUUCGAGCGCAGAUCAAGUGGUGGACAUGACUGAAAACCCAACAAAAUUCGACCACGAUUAUUUCACUGCAGUCCUGCAAAACAGAGGCUUGUUCACUACAGACCAAGCCCUGUUAGAGACUAAGGAAUCCAGAUACAUUUUCAACACACUCAAUAAACAGACGGGUGGCAAUAAAAGGGCUUUCACAGACGCAAUGUUGGCAAUGGGGAAUACUGAAGUGUUAACCGGUAAAAAUGGUGAGAUUCGAACUAACUGCGCAAAGGUUAACGGCCACUAA